AUGGAAAAGUGGAACCCAAAACGAAUUAUUCAAAAGUUUAAAAAGACAAAAAUGGAAAAACUCGCUGAGAAAAUUGGAGUUGAACCUUUGGCUCUGCCAACUUACCUACAAAACGAAGAUACCGCUGCAUUGAUACUUAAAGCUACAAAACAAAUGAAUGUUGAUGAUUCCGCCAUUUUUAUUCAGUGGAGCAAUGCCGGAUUUAACGACACCGCUGUGGCAAAUUGUCGUAAUGGUGUCGCUGGCCAGAAUCAAACCGCUAUUAUUAAUUACAUCGUAGGUAGUGGUGGAAGUAAUUUUAAUGAUCUAAACACCAUGUUCUUGUUUAGAAAUAAUUUUGCAAUUGCUAGAUGUCAAUAUAGUUUUCCUCUAUGGACCUAUCAUCAAGAGGGAGUUCCGGACGUUUGUCAUUCUAUUUGCAGAAUUAACAAGUUAUCAGCUUCCGGUAGAAUCAAUUAUGAACCGUUUGAUUAUCCUUUUGUGGUGUAA